AUGUCUUUGAAAACCAAGAGCGGAGAUACAAUAGCAAGGGCGGAACAUUCGGUGCUUCAAGGAAUACAGAAUCGUGGAUUUGAAGAUGAUGACGACUGCGUCACUUGUGAUGAGGAUGGUGGAGAUAAGGGAAUCACCACACAGACACAAGGUUUCGUCGAUUCUUCUGCUAGUCUGGAUAGCAAAGAUGUGGGUGAGAGCGAAACACAGACGAAUGGAAAUGUCAGAUCUAGUCUAAACAAGGUUCCUCAGAUAGGCAUCUGGUAUACGCUAACAUCUGCGGUCAUCAUGGCCCUCAGUGGUAUGAUCGUUAUUUACCUCUCAGGAACAUUAGGCCCGAACCAGAUGGUGGUCUCUCGGAUGACCAUUCAGCUUCUAUGUUGCCUACCGGUGAAUGCUUACCGUAGAGUUCCUUUCAAACACAGCCGCAAUGCAUACCUUCUGCUUCUCCUGCGCUCAAUCCUCGGCGCAACCAACACAUCCUUGAUAUACAUCACCUAUCAAAUCAUGCCCGUGUCUAGCUCAAAAUCGAUACAGUACAGCGCCCCCGUUUUUGCAGGAUUGCUAGGGUGGAUACUGUUAAGGGAGUCUUGCUCUUUUGUUGACACCCUUUUAUCCUUUCUGACGCUAAGUGGUGUUUUGCUCAUCGCACAGCCAUCGUUUUUAUUCGCAAAUGCCGAAUCGGUCGAAGGAGCUUCUGAUGCUAAGGUUCUUGGUUCCAUACUUAGCCUCAUAAGUGCUAUCAUGUCCGCAUCCAUCUUGAUCAUCAUGCGAAAGCUUGGCUCUUAUAAUAUGCCCUCUUUGACCAUGCUCACUUUCUAUUCCAUCUACGGAGCAUGCUUCUCGGCAUUUCUGACUUCCAUCUUCCAGCAGUGGUCAUUACCUGGAUGUGGAUGGGAUCGCAUGAUUCUCCUUAGCAACGGAAUAGCUCACUUCUCCUCCCAGAUUCUCAUCUACCUAGCCCUUAAAACUGAACGAGCUUCGACCGUUGCACUCGUUCACUCCAGCGAUAUCCUCUUCUCAUUCACUCUCGAGUAUCUCUUCUUUGGCGUCAUCCCAAACUACCUGACCGUGAUCGGGGCUUUUGUAAUUAUCGCAAGUUUUGUUGGUAUCACCUUGAAUAAAUGGCGGGAUAGUCGAAACCAUAAAAAUGAGCAGCAUGGAAAGGAUGAAGAUAGCCUCAGCAACAUCUCCAAAAGCUGA